AUGCAGCAAUACCUUUUGAAAACACCAGAGACUACAGGCGCUGUUGGAUCGGGGCCCUUUUACGAAGACCCUGAAAGGAACGCAGCGGAUAAACUAGAUCCGGAACAGGCUCAGAAGCAAGCGAUUGAAAGACAGAUCGCGGAGGAGUCACUGUUCGACGAGACUUGA